AUGGACAAGGACACAGAUUUGAGCUGGGAUGAGGGUUUUGGGUCAGUGGAGAAGGUCGUGCUGCUCACAUUUCUCUCAGCGGUUAUCCUGAUGGCCAUCUUGGGGAACCUGCUGGUGAUGGUGGCUGUGUGCAGGGACAGGCAGCUCAGGAAGAUAAAAACCAAUUACUUCAUUGUAUCUCUCGCCUUUGUGGAUCUUCUGGUCUCGGUGCUGGUGAUGCCCUUUGGUGCCAUCGAGCUGGUUCAAGACAUCUGGAUUUAUGGGGAGAUGUUUUGCCUCGUCCGGACAUCUCUAGACGUCUUGCUCACGACGGCAUCGAUUUUUCACCUGUGCUGCAUUUCUCUGGAUAGGUAUUAUGCCAUCUGCUGUCAGCCUCUGGUCUAUAGGAACAAGAUGACCCCUCUGCGCAUCGCAUUAAUGCUGGGAGGCUGCUGGGUCAUCCCUAUGUUUAUCUCUUUUCUCCCUAUAAUGCAAGGCUGGAAUAAUAUUGGCAUAAUUGAUUUGAUAGAAAAAAGGAAGUUCAACCAGAACUCUAACUCUACGUACUGUAUCUUCAUGGUCAACAAGCCCUACGCCAUCACCUGCUCUGUGGUGGCCUUCUACAUCCCGUUUCUCCUCAUGGUGUUGGCCUAUUACCGCAUCUACAUCACAGCGAAGGAGCAUGCCCACCAGAUCCAGAUGUUACAACGGGCAGGAGCCUCCUCCGAAGGCAGGCCCCAGCCAGCCGACCAGCACAGCACUCAUCGCAUGAGGACAGAGACCAAAGCAGCUAAGACCCUGUGCAUCAUCAUGGGUUGCUUCUGCCUCUGCUGGGCUCCAUUCUUUGUCACCAAUAUCGUGGAUCCAUUCAUAGACUACACUGUUCCUGGACAGGUGUGGACUGCUUUCCUCUGGCUUGGUUACAUCAACUCUGGGUUGAACCCCUUUCUCUACGCCUUCUUGAAUAAGUCUUUUAGACGUGCCUUCCUCAUCAUCCUCUGCUGUGAUGAUGAGCGCUACCGAAGACCCUCCAUUCUGGGCCAGACUGUCCCCUGUUCAACCACAACCAUUAAUGGAUCCACACAUGUGCUAAGGUACACAGUUCUGCACAGUGGACAUCACCAGGAACUUGAGACACUGCCCAUACACAAUGACCCAGAAUCCUUGGAAUCAUGCUUCUGAUUGAGAACAUGGCUCGUGAUUAAGCCAUUCAUUCCCAUUCAUGUCUGCAUGAACAGGACUCCCUGGCAUCUCUCUUGACCCUCAUCACCACCAGUGAGGCAUGAGGCAGUGGGGCCGAGGGCCCAGGGAAGCUACAUGGAACACAGUGUUGGACAGGAGCGAGGCCAGAAUAUGGAGGAUCUCAGAGCUGAGAAGGGACUUCAGGCAUCCUCAGAUCCAGCCUCCCAUCCAAUGCAGGAGUAGCAUCUUCCAUAGCAUCUCUGGAAGUUGGUCAGUCUCUGCUUGCACACCUCCAGGGAUAGGAGCUCACUACCUCCUAAUGCAGUUCCUUCUAUUGUAGGGAAGCUUUAAUUAUAAGAAAGUUUUUCCUUUUGUUGGAACACAAUCCUGUCUUGGCUCCAUCUUCCAUCGGGGGUCAUGCAGUUAGCUCCCUAUUCCCUUUGAAAGCCCUUAGAUAUUGGGAGACACUGAUCUGCCAUCCACCCACCCUUUUAAGUCUUCUCUCCAAGCUAAACAGCUCCAAUUUCCUCUCCAUUGUGGCCAUCCUCUGGACAUGCUAUAGUGGGUGAAUUAAUCAAGGCUCUUGUAAUGAAGUCAGAUUGAUAUCAAUGCCAAGAUGUCUGUCCAGAAGCACUAAAGAGCUGACGAGUGAAACAUCAGUAUUUUCUGGUUGAUAGAUAUGAACGUUUCUCCUUUCUUUUUUCUUGGGGAUAGAUUUGGAAACUGCUCAGGGUUUGAUUUUAGAUCCAUUACCCAAAGGCAUCUUUACUAUUGGUCUAAUUUGUGUGUGUGUGUGUGUGCGUUUAAAGAUGACAUUUUUCUCAUUGGCAUACUGGCUCUGAGGUCACGUGGAAUGAAUCUUGAUUCAUUUUCCUUCCAUGACAAUGGGAAAAGGAACUGCACCUUUACCGAGAAUACUGAUUAAGGAUGGUCUUGCAACUCAGAUUUGGCAAGGAAAUGAAGUUGCUCCAAUAAGACACAUUUUAGGGGCUUUCAGGCCCCUGUGCUGAAGCAGUGCUUGGUCUCGGGCCCGGCACUUUGCUCGCUGGGGCAAAGACAUAAUCACAGACCAGCUUACUUUCUUGGGAAAAUUCACUGGCCCCCUGCCUGGGAAGCUGCUGGGGCUCCAUUUUUCUGCAUCUUUUUUAGCAUCUCACUUCCUCCAAGCUCCUCAGGAGAUGCUCCCCUGAUGUCAAAGCUACCAGCAAAUCAUUUUGUCUCGGGGUGAAUUAUCCCCACAGGUUGAAACUCUUGAGGGCAAAUUUUCUUCCAGUUGCCUUUCUUUUGACUGCUGAUAAAAAUCCUAUUGCGAAGAUGGAAUGCUGGUCCUUAGGGAACCAGCCCAGGGAACAGGCAAUGUGGGGGGGGAGGGGGUGGAGCUUACAAGAUAACCUUGUGCCUGAAGUUUCUAGCCUCACCAGUUCCCCUUGCCUUUGUGCUUGAUCUGUUCAUCCCACUUUCCUUCCUAAGUCAUCCCAGAAGCCACAAUUGCCUCCUUACCACCGAUUUUAUCCAUGGAAGCAGAACCCACUGGUUCUCCCUCUUCUCUCCAUCCCCAGAAAUGGUGGGAAGGAUGAUCAGACACCCUGGUUUUUUGCACUGCAAGUCCCACAUCCCAGGAAACCCCUCAGUUCCAGGCAAAGGAGGCUGGCUGGUCACCCCACGUAUGGGACCCUCCCAGAGAGGAUUAACAGGCUCCUCACAGCUGCAUUUUCUUUCUACACUUUUUCAUGGAAAAGGCAAAGCUGAGUGAAUUCGGGGCUCCAGAGUUCUUCCCGUGCUGUCUGAAUGAGGUCUCUGAUCUCAAAGCACAAAGAACUUCUUAGGGAAAGACUAAGAGAUCAUGAGAACCAGAUCAUCGUGAGGAGGAAGAGGUUUAAUGCUUUGAGGCAACUGGUAAGCUUUGUUGAAUGUCCCCGAAGUUGACAGUAUCUACUGUUGAGUACAUAGAUGCAUACACAUGCGCAUAUAUCCAGUAAGAUUUGUUCCCUAUGAAAUGCUUCUUUUCCCAGGAGCUUAACAAGCUUAUCUGCUUGUGUAAAAUAUGAUUUCUCAGUGGUAGGUCUACCAUAUUCGGUGGGAGCUUGGAUUCAAGAGGGAUCCACAGAUUACAGCACGCGUGGGAAAAUGAGAUCUUGCCAUAUCCUCAGGCCAUCCUCUUCUGGACUCUCGGGACACGCUUCUGUGGGCCAGCCCCUGACUGGUGUCUGCAGAGGUCACAAGCACCCUGGCCCAGGGAAACAGUAGUGAUUGAGGAACUAGAAGUCCGUGCCGUUGUCAAGAAGAUGGUCUCCUUUGCAGAGAAAUCCUCACAAGCAAACUUCGCUCUCGCUUUGGACCAGGGCUGGGAUGAUGUGGGUGCUGCACCCAACAGCCACACUGGAAGUUUAUAGGACAGCACCAGAGGCGCUCUGUCUAGACAGCUGCUAGCCUGGCAUUACUUAGCGGUCUGGCUUCCGGGAGUCCAGGUAAUAGAGCAUGUGUAUGGAAGACGGAGAAGGAGGAGAUGUAGACAGAGCUUGUCUAAGGAAGGAGGAGACUUACUCUGCUGUCUUCUCUGAGAAGGCCACCCUCUUCCAGGUAGCCCCAAGUGUCAAGAAGAGAUGCUUCCGGGGGGGCGGUGCGUACGCCUCUGGCCACAUCUGCCAGGUCAGCCUGGACGAUCACGGGGGUGUCGGUGCUGCAGCCAGACUACCCCACGCCUGGGAUCGAGGGGCUCCAGCUGUGCUUGUUCUCAACAUGACUCUCCAGCUCACAGGUCUGUGCAGGUAGAAGCCCCGAACUCCCUGUCCAACUCCUGGUCAGCAGCUGGAAAGCGAAAGAGAUCAAAACCAGCUUCUUCAACUGACCCCCAAGUAUGUGUUUGUAGACAACCCCGUUCUUCCCGAGAUUUCACCUUCUCAUCUCGCCACCAUUUCCACUUCACGCUGCUCACUUGCUCUGUCCUGGAGCAAACUGGGAAACGGG